UCCAGUGAAUGAGUCUUAAAGUUUAGUAUGCAGUACAUCGUCAACUGAAGUGGUAUCUUCUGAUGUGUAUGUGUUUAACGACGAAAUUUCAAAAAACAACAAGGAGACCACUGCAAGUAGGCAGUUCCAAAGCUUUGGAGAUCAUUCCAGGGAAGAACUAUUUUAGCUGCGAGUGUUGAUCUGAUUGAAUAAUUGUUGGAUCUUGGCACUGUUGGGCUUUAUCCUGAGCCCACUAUGGCAGAGAAUCAUGUCUUUCACACAUGGGAUUAUGUUGUUUUUGCCUCUAUGCUGUUAGUGUCCACUGCAGUUGGAUUGUUUUAUGCUUUUAAAUGGGGCGGAGCAGGGCAAAGAACCACAGAAGAUUUCCUGGUGGGCAACCGGCAAAUAUCUGCCUAUCCAAUUGCCUUCUCAUUGGCUGCCAGCUUCAUGUCUGCUGUUGCAUUGAUUGGCUAUCCAGCUGAAGUGUACAACACAGGGUUGAAUAUUCUGAUGCUGAACGUUGCUAGAAUACUUACAACGAUGGCCGUUUGCUUGGUUUACAUUCCACUCUUCUACCGACUAAACAUUAUUAGUACUUACGAGUACAUUAAUAGGCGAUUUGGACAAGUGGUGAGAUAUCAAAUUGUCUUCUCCUUCAUGGUAUACAUGGUCUUUUAUCUUGGCUUUGUGACAUACGCACCCUCAUUUGCAUUAAGUCAAGUUACUGGAAUGGACUUGUGGAUUUCAGUUGCAAUAACAGGACUUGUGUGUACACUAUACACAACACUGGGAGGUAUUAAGGCUGUUGUCUGGACAGAUGUAUUCCAGCUGUGCAUCAUGGUGAUUGGUCUUCUGGCUGUGCUGAUUCAGGGAUCAAUCCAUGUUGGAAGCUUUGGGAAGAUUUGGAACAUUGCAAAGAGCAGUGGCCGGACUAGCCUUUUUGACUUUGAUCCCGAUCCAAGGAAAAGAUACACAUUUUGGACUGUGAGUUUUGGAGCUUCAUUUGGAUGGACAUCGAUAUAUGGCUGUAACCAAGUACAAGUACAAAGAUACUUGUCCUGCAAGAGUGAGAAAGAGGCAAGAAAAGCUGUCAUCCUGAACAUGUUUGGUACUUGUAUUCUGUUCACAUUAUCCUGCCUCGGUGGUUUAGUCAUGUAUGCUGUUUAUGAAAACUGUGAUCCAAUAAAGGCGAACAGAGUUAGCACCACUGACGAGCUGACCCCAUUAUUAGUUAUGGAGUUAUUUGAUCAGAUGCCUGGAUUUCCUGGCCUAUUUGUUGCCAGUGCAUACAGUGGCACACUGAGCACAAUUUCUUCUGGCAUCAAUGCUUUGGCUGCUGUCUGUAUUGAAGAUUUAAUUAAACCAACCUGGAAACCCUGGGGACAACUUUCAAGUAGGAAGAAGACUCUGAUCUCAAAACUCCUAGCAAUGACUUUUGGACUAAUUACAAUAGGCCUGACUGGAGUCAGUUCUCUCAUGGGAAGAAAUAUAAUUCAGGCAACACUAACUUUUGAAGGAAUAAUCCUAGGACCCAUACUUGGUGUAUUUACUUUAGGAGCAUUGUUUCCAAAGAGCAAUAGCAAGGGGGCAUGUGUUGGUUGGUUUGUUGGAGUAGCCUUGUCCACAUGGAUAGGGAUUGGUGGCUUCAUCUAUCCACCUUCCAGCGAGUUUAAAGAAUUACUCGAGACAUCAACAGCAGGCUGUUUGGAGAUUAAUGCUACCGUCCCUACCGCUGUGAAUGUGACAUCCCUGCUGACCACCAUAACGUCUACCAAACAAGAAAAAAGGCCCAACAUAGCAGAGACUUUCUACUCGUUAUCGUUUUUCUACUACAGUCCGAUUGCAUGGCUGAGCACAGUUACAGUGGGCUUGUCAGUCAGUAUGCUGACUGAUGGAAGUGAGAAUCUGGAUCCUUGUCUAAUUGCUCCCAUAGUCCACACUAUUUACAAAUACAUCUUCAAAACGAAACCUACCCCAUCAAUCACAGAAACAAAUGACAACUUGAUGCAACAUCCAGUGCCCAGGGAAGGUUCAAACGGCUGUGACAAUUCAACAGUUUUAAAUCCUAUCAAAUCAACCAAGCUGUAAUAGUCAUGCAGUCGUGCAGCACAGAAACAGACCCUUCAUUCCAACCCAUCUCUGCUGACCAUAAUCCCAAACUAAAUUAGUCCCACCUGCCUGAGCUUAGCCCAUAUCCCUCCAAACAUUUCUUGCACUUAUCCAAAUGCUGUUUACAGCUCUACAAAUUGAGAAUUUUUUAAAAAAUAAGGGUCUAGAAAGUUGGUGAUAAUUAACUCUACAUCUUUAGUUAUGUAAAUCUUGAGUUCUCUUCUCCCCUACGCUAUAGCCAAAAUACCUAUUAGACUGCUACUACAUUUUUUCUGUUGGAAGUGAAGAAUUUUCACCACCAACCUCCAUGAACUUUUCACAGGCCCUUGGAGAAAUUCCAAAGGGAAACAAAAAUAAAACUAUUGUUUAGAAUAAUCUCAAUACUGCUUUGUGCUAUGGUAAUUCAGCUGCUGGAGGAGUUUCAAAAAAGUGAAAUUACUUCAGUCCUGCCAAGUCAUCACCAACAACCUGUGAACAGCUCUGCUGUUUUUAACGGAGAAUCAUAGAAUCCUGACAGUGUGGAAACAGCCCUUCAGCCAAACAAGCCCACACUGACCCUUGAAGCAUCCUACCCAGACCCAUCCUCCUAUAACCCACCUAAUCUACAUAUCCCUAAACCACACAGGCAAUUUGCUAUAGCCAAUCUACCUAACCUGCACACCUGUGGGAGGAAACCAGUGCACCCGGAGGAAACCCACGCAGACACGGGGAGAAUGUGCAAACACCACACAGACAGUCAUCCGAGAGUGGAAGCAAACCCAGGUCCCUGGCGCUGUGAGGCAGCAGUUCUAACCACUGAGCCACCACAAAUUGAGCUACUCUCUUGUGAUAUUUAACAUUGUACUCUUCAAACUGAUCCAAAUACCUUGAACAAUUUAAGACUUUUGCUUAGAAAAA